AUGAGGUCAGAUUUGAUAGCCUUAUUUUUUUCCCACAGUGGCUUAAAGAACGAUUAUAACAAAGAAACCUUCACCUUGAAGCACAAAAUUGAUGAACAGAUGUUCCCUUGUCGAUUCAUUAAAAUAGUUCCACUCUUGUCCUGGGGGCCCAGCUUUAACUUUAGCAUCUGGUAUGUUGAACUUAGUGGCAUUGAUGAUCCUGAUGUAGUACAACCCUGUCUGAACUGGUAUAGCAAGUACCGUGAACAGGAAGCCAUUCGCCUUUGCCUAAAACACUUCAGACAACACAACUAUACAGAGGCUUUUGAAUCACUGCAAAAGAAAACCAAGAUUGCAUUGGAACAUCCCAUGUUAACAGAUCUUCAUGACAAACUGGUGUUGAAGGGUGAUUUUGAUGCUUGCGAAGAGUUGAUUGAAAAAGCUGUAAAUGAUGGCUUGUUCAAUCAGUAUAUUAGUCAACAGGAAUACAAACCACGAUGGAGUCAAAUCAUUCCCAAAAGCACCAAAGGUGAUGGAGAAGAUAACCGGCCAGGAAUGAGAGGAGGCCAUCAGAUGGUUAUUGAUGUUCAAACAGAGACUGUUUAUUUGUUUGGUGGCUGGGAUGGAACACAGGAUCUUGCUGACUUCUGGGCAUACAGUGUGAAGGACAACCAGUGGACAUGUAUCUCUAGAGACACUGAGAAAGAGAAUGGUCCUAGCGCCAGAUCAUGUCAUAAAAUGUGCAUUGACAUUCAGCGGAGGCAAAUCUACACGUUGGGGCGUUAUUUGGAUUCCUCUGUGAGGAACAGCAAAUCUCUGAAAAGUGAUUUCUAUCGUUAUGACAUUGACACAAACACAUGGAUGUUACUAAGUGAGGAUACUGCUGCUGAUGGAGGGCCGAAAUUGGUGUUCGAUCAUCAGAUGUGUAUGGACUCAGAAAAACAUAUGAUCUACACUUUUGGUGGUAGAAUUUUGACAUGUAAUGGAAGCGUAGAUGACAGCAGAGCCAGUGAACCACAAUUCAGUGGGUUGUUUGCUUUCAACUGUCAAUGUCAAACCUGGAAACUUCUUCGAGAGGACUCCUGUAAUGCUGGGCCUGAGGACAUCCAGUCUCGCAUAGGACACUGCAUGCUAUUCCACUCAAAAAAUCGUUGCUUAUAUGUAUUUGGUGGCCAGCGAUCAAAGACCUAUUUGAAUGAUUUCUUUAGUUAUGAUGUGGACUCUGAUCAUGUAGACAUAAUAUCAGAUGGCACCAAGAAAGACUCUGGGAUGGUUCCAAUGACAGGAUUUACACAGAGAGCAACUAUUGAUCCAGAACUGAAUGAAAUACAUGUUUUAUCUGGACUCAGCAAAGACAAGGAAAAGAGGGAAGAGAAUGUCAGAAAUUCAUUCUGGAUUUAUGACAUUGUGAGGAAUAGUUGGUCUUGUGUCUAUAAGAAUGAUCAAGCUGCAAAGGAUAAUCCAAGUAAAAGUCUUCAGGAGGAAGAACCAUGUCCAAGAUUUGCCCAUCAGCUUGUAUAUGAUGAGCUACACAAGGUAUCCUAG